CUCCUCCUCCUCCUGCUCCUCCUCCUCUGUGUGACCUCCAGGUGGGUCAGGAGAUCGAGGUGCGUCCAGGUAUCGUGUCCAAAGACCACGAAGGAAAGCUGAUGUGCAAACCCAUCUUCUCCAAGAUCGUCUCUUUGUUCGCCGAACACAACGACCUGCAGUACGCUGCACCCGGAGGCCUCAUCGGUGUGGGCACGAAGAUCGACCCGACUCUGUGCCGAGCGGACCGUAUGGUCGGUCAGGUGCUCGGCGCCGUCGGAGCGCUGCCGGAGAUCUUCACCGAGCUGGAGAUCUCCUACUUCCUGCUCAGGAGGCUGCUGGGCGUCCGCACAGAGGGAGACAAGAAGGCUGCCAAGGUCCAGAAACUGUCCAAGAACGAGGUGCUGAUGGUGAACAUCGGCUCGUUGUCGACCGGCGGCCGCGUCAGCGCCGUGAAGGCCGAUCUGGCGAAGAUCGUCCUCACCAACCCCGUCUGCACAGAGGUCGGAGAGAAGAUCGCUCUGAGUCGACGUGUGGAGAAACAUUGGCGUCUGAUUGGAUGGGGACAGAUCAGGAGGGGCGUGACCAUCACACCCACAGUGGACGAUGACUGAGCAGAGGGGAGGAAAAAUCGGGACGUCACCAUAGCAACGCUCCCGUCAGCUGGACAUCACAACCGUCACACUCUUCUCGGCUUUUUGUUGCUUUUUUUUUUUUUAGGUUUUUUUUCAUGAGGAGGAAGGAAGGAAACAGAGCGGGACAUGUUUUAAAGACGCCUCCUCCCCCUGCUCCUCCACACGAGAACGUCAGAGGUCGAGUUUUCUUUUUUUUUUGUUUGAGUGCAGAAGAGGAGGAGCAGAGGAGAUGAGGAGGCCCUUUAAACGAUCACAACAGCCCUCCGGAGAGCAUCCGCACGCAGCCGCGUUCAGAGCUGGAGCUUCAUUCAGAGCAGACACGAUCCCGUGCUGCCGAUGAUUUCACUCACAUCUAAUAAAGUACAUUUGGAACGUA